ACAAAAACAUAACCAGAGCUUGACUUACUUAUAUUAAAGCCAAGGAAGGGAGAAGCAAGCAUAUAUACACGUCACAACCACCUUCUCAUCUGCUCCACUCUUUCCUGUUAUCUUCCUCUUUCAACUGCUAUAUCUUGUUGCUCUGGUCUAAUAAAUAUGGUUGAGUCAGCCAUGUCAAAGACAAUGAUGGAGGAAGUAAUGGCAAGUUGGUCAGAGGGGUCAGAGGAAGAAGAGCUUGUGAGAGAGCUUUUGGAUGAUGGCUCUCCCCUUCUUGUGCUGUCUCAGGAGGCAAUUCAAAACCCCAUAACAAAACCCUCUUCAACUCACUUCCUCUCCAACAUUUACUCAGGACCUACCAUCUCAGAUAUUGAAAAUGCCUUGUCACUCACCAACCACAGAGACCACUUUCCACCACUCUCAUCACCCAGAAUUUCAAUAUUGGAGAGGGGUUUGAGCAAGAUUGAGAAUAAGUAUACCCUCAAAAUCAAAUGCUUUGGCAAUGGGAUGGGAGAUGAUGGAUACAAGUGGAGAAAAUAUGGACAGAAAUCUAUUAAGAAUAGUCCAAAUCCUAGGAGUUACUAUAGGUGCACAAACCCAAGGUGCAGUGCCAAGAAGCAAGUUGAGAGAUCCAUUGAGGACCCAGACACUCUAAUCAUAACCUAUGAAGGGCUCCACUUGCACUUUGCUUACCCAUAUUUUGUCAUGGGCCAACCAAACCAAUCUCAAUCCGAUCAACCUAUCAAGAAGUCCAAACCCACUUCUUCAGAGGACCAAGUCCAAGCCCAUAUAGAAGAUUAUGUCCAUGAGGCCCAAUCAAGUGCUACUUCGGGUGUGAUGCCAUCCACUUCACUGGACUCUCCACAAGACAUGGCCCAGGAAAACAUGGGCUCACAAGGAUUGCUUGAAGAUAUGGUCCCAUUCAUGGUUCGGAACCCAUCAAACAGUGUGAACACAAAAUUUUCUUGUUCGUCGUUUCGAUCUCCUCCAACAUCUCCUAUGUGGCUUAAAUUCUAGGACUUAAUUUAUAAUUAUGAAUGUGUAAAGAUUUAGAAACACAAUAAUUUUAGAUAUAAUGGCUUUGCUUAUGUGAAUUUAAUAUAUAAUGUAAUAGUAUAGUUUUUAUGUCACGUGAUCGAAG